AUGACUAUCGACAUUAAUUUGUUGCGGGAGGAGAAGGGCGGUUGCCCUGCGAAAGUAGCAGAGAGCGAAAAACGGCGAGGUCGCGAUCCAUCCGUUGUAGAUCAGCUGAUAGGAGCGGACAAGAAAUGGCGUGAGGCAACGUACAACAUGGAGCAAGGGAGAAAGGACUUGAACGCUGUGAAUAAGGAAAUAGGACAGCGUAAGAAAGCAGAUCCAAAGAGUCCUUGUGAGGAACUUGUUGCAAAGACGGCAGAAAUUAAGCAGAGGCUGCAAACCCUUGAGGCUCAGGCUGCAGAGGCUGCACAGACCCGCGAUCGUUUGCUACGAGGUAUAGGUAACCUCGUGCAUGAUUCCGUGCCUGUUAGCAAUGAUGAAGCAAAUAAUAAGGUUGUAAGAACAUGGGGAACACCCAACAGGAUGGUUGUUGAUGGUACCCCGGGUAAGCUGCAUCACCAUGAGGUGUUAGCUCGCCUAGAGGGUGUUGACUUCAAGAAAGGUGUUGAGGUUGCUGGCCAUAGAGGAUAUUAUCUUAAGGGCCCCGCAGUUAUGCUUAACUAUGCCCUUAUUCAAUACGGUCUUAGCUUCCUCAUGAAGAAGGGAUAUUUGCCUGUGCAGCCUCCUUACUUCAUGAAGAAGUCUAUCAUGGGUGCAGCAGCAGAGCUGAAGGAUUUCGAGGAAACCCUUUACCGCAUACCCCACGACAACUCGCAACAGCAGCACCAACAACAGCAGCAGCAGCAGAAGGGUAAGGAGGGUGGCAAGGGCGCAGCCCAGCAGCAACAGGAUGCAGAUCGUGAUGACCUCUUUAUGAUUGCUACAAGCGAGCAGCCAUUAUGCGCACUACAUAUGCAUGAGAGAUUAGAAGAGAAGCAACUCCCUCUUCGUUAUGCAGGAAGCAGCACUUGCUUCCGUAAGGAAGCUGGUGCUCAUGGUAAGGAUUGUUGGGGAAUAUUUCGUGUCCAUCAAUUUGAAAAAGUUGAACAAUUUUGUGUCGCUACACCCGAAAAAUCAUGGGAAAUGCAUGAAGAAAUGAUUGCUACAGCAGAAGAAUUCUAUCAGAGUCUUGAGCUUCCUUAUAGAGUUGUAUCUAUUGUGUCUGGUGCACUUAAUGAUGCAGCAGCAAAGAAAUAUGAUUUAGAGGCAUGGUUCCCUGGUUAUAAUGAUUAUAGAGAAUUAGUUUCUUGUAGUAAUUGUACAGAUUAUCAAUCUAGGGAAUUUGAAAUACGUCUUGGACAAAAGAAAGAAGGAACUGCUGCAGCAGGAUCUGCUGCUACUGCUGACAGCAAACCUUUCGUACAUCUACUUAAUGCUACUCUUGUUGCUACACAAAGAUGUAUGUGCUGUAUACUAGAGAAUUACCAAACACCUACAGGUGUUAAGGUCCCUAGGGCUCUUAUUCCUUAUAUGGGGGGACAGGAGUUCUUGCAUUUCCCUAGCAACUUAGAGGAAGGCAGCAGCAAGCGCGAGGCAUAA